AUGGGAAAAGGAAAGAAGGUUUGAUUUGACUCCUCUACCUCUAAUAAUAAAAUGAUUUGGGUCUGCUCUUUCUUUUCCAUUCCAAUUCUAUUUCCACCACGUAAUUUCUGAUAGUCAGCCGCUGCCUGCAGCAGCGCAAAAUCAAAUAGCGUUCCCUAACUAAACCUUUUUUCUCUCCUCUUCAUCAAUCCAAUCCAAUCCAAUUCUAAGUUGUAUUUUAUCCAGUUUGAACUCAACGAUUAAGCCCCUAGUAGAUGUAUAAUCAAUAUCAUUCAACUCCUCCUCCUCCUCCUCCUCCUUCUUCCGGCAUCCAUGGAGGUCUCUUGGAAGUUACAGUUGUGGGUUGUACGAAGCUGAAAGACACGGAAUGGAUAUCUCGGCAAGAUCCAUACGUUUGUGUGGAGUACGGUAGUACCAAGUUCCGCACCCGCACCUGUACAGAUGGACAUAAGAAUCCAACUUUUCAAGAAAAGUUCAAUUUGAAGCUUAUAGAAGGGAUAAGAGAGAUUAACGUUCAAGUCUGGAACAGCAAUACCCUUUCCACCGACGACUUCAUUGGCUCCGGAAAGAUUCAAUUGCAGAAGGUUCUAUCUCAAGGCUUUGAUGACAACAGUUGGACACUCCACUCCAAAUCUGGCAGGUAUGCUGGUGAAGUUAAACUUAUAAUGCACUUUGCAAAUUCUCAUUCUCAGAAGCCAACUGCUGCAUCAGCUCCUCCUCCUCCUCCUCCUCAGCCGCAGUACUAUAAUUACUCUGCACCACCACCACCAUAUCCUACUCAUAUUCCGCCACAAGUUCCGACUAAUUACAAUUCAUACCCACCAGUUUCUUCAUCAUCAUCAUCAUCAGCUUAUAAUUAUAAUAAUCCACCAAAUUACCCUUAUAACCAUUCUCCUCCAGUAGUAACACAACAACCCUACUAUUAUUCAUCAUCAUCAGCACCAGCAGCAACAGCAUAUCCUCCUCCUCCACCACCUACUGCCUCACCAAUCUACCCCCCUCCUUCAAUCUAUCCUCCUCCUCCUCCUCGUCCUUACUACUAAAUCAUCAUUCAUCAUUAUCAUCUCAGUAUGAUUCUGUGUUUGUUAAUAUUGUUUUGCCUUUUUUUCAUCAUUUUGACAGCUAGCUAGCUAGCACAAUCUGUACUCUUUACAUUUGUUUGUUUUUUCUUCAUGUAUUAAUUAUAUAAUAUACAUGUAUUGCUGUUGAUCAUUAAAACCCUUUUUUUCUUUUCUUUUUUUGGAGCUGGGCUGGGCUAGGGGGGGUUAAACACCGAGUGAGUUAUGUAAUAAGAGAGAGCUAGCUAGCUAGUUCCUCUCCAAUUCUUCUUUCUUCUUCUUCUUCUUAACA